AUGAACUUUUCAAUGGAGAUCAGUUCGUCAAGCUUCUCCAACAAAGAACUAAAUUCGUUUGGUUUUAAAGUGCUUACUGCGUGGUGUGUGGUUUUCAUAACAGAGGCCACUCUGAUACUUCUGGGAAAUCUUUAUGCCAUUGCUUUUCUUAUAAGAGGGCGUUUCAAUCUUGUCAGAUACUUUGCGAUUAGCCUGUCAUUCACGGACAUUCUUAGAGGCUUGGCUGCUAUCGCGAUUUUCUUAGGUUUGCUGCGAUCAGAUGGACAUCAUUGCAGUUUGAAUCAUGACGAACUGCAUCUUUCUUUGCAAACGCUCUGCGACACUUUUUCGACCUCUUUCUUGGCUGCAAUCUCCUUAGACAUGUAUUACAGGACCUUCUGGCCUCUAACUCACAUUUUCACUCGUUUCAGAUGCUACAUGACGGCUAAUUUUUUAAUCUGGAUUUUGUCGAUGGCGGUGAGCAUGACCUUCGCAUUUGCCCUGGCUGGUUUUUAUCGGGUUCUUAUCGCUAAAGUGGUGGUAUGGUUUGUGGAGAUUAUCAACUUGACCAUUAUCGUCACCAAUUACAUUUUAAUUUGGAAACGACCUUCGUUUAAUCGAAAUGCCACCGUUUGGAAGUUACAAACACAAAACUUUUAUCUUUCGAGGGCGUUUACACUUUGCGCGAUUAUCUACUUUGCGAUGUGGUUGCCGGUGGAAAUUUUGGAAGGAACAUCGUAUUUAACGUGGGAUUUCCCAUGCAAUGCAGUUCUUUUAAUGAGAUUUAUUAAGACGUUCUGCUCUCUUGUGAGUCCUGUGGUAUAUGCCACAAAGCUCUCACGCUUUAGCAAACCAUUAAGAUGCACCAUAUUAAGGUGUGAAGAUAAGAAAACACGCUCUUCAGACACAGACAGCUUAGCAGUCAUAACACUCAGAUCCGCCACCUAUUUGAUUACAGCACUGUAAAACAUCGCAUUUAUUGGCGUUGCUUUGGCAAAUAACUGAAGUAGUAAGGGACGUAUUAAUUCCUGCCCUGGCAGUCAGAAGAAAGUGGGUCACCAAAAUAUGCGAAACCAUAGAUCA